UGCGAACAGCUGAUAACAGCAGGAACGGACAGUGACGUCACAGGGCUUUAUAUGAGUGAAGCGUGAAACAAAAAUGUGACAUAUACCUCUGGAAAAAACUUUAUUCCAGACCUGGACUAAGGCCGCAGCACUUGCCAAAUUUCUAUGGGAAUGAAUAAGGAAUCUAAAGACCUUUGCUAACGCAACAUAAAAGACUGAUUUCAGAGGAGAGCGAGGACUUCCUAAAUGGAUACCAACGGUGCCGGCAGUGUGCAAUACGAUCGCUGGAAUGAGGACAACAUCAACAUGAAUGUGGAGGCCUCACAAUCCACUGUGACGAAGCUCUACAACAGAAUGUGCACCGGCAACACUGGCAUCGCAGUCAAGGCUGCCGCGGCUCUGGCCGCACUGGUGUCCGUCUACAUCAUAGGAUACGUGACAGGAUACUACGUGCAUAAAUGCUGA